GUGCUGACCAUGGACCACCCCAGCACGCACAUCCUCUCGUCGUGCUGCAAGAUGUCUGACAUCGUGGACGAAGGCAUCACGCUUGUGAAAGAUAUUGAUAAGUGCUGGGAGCCAAACCCCAGCCUGGAGGCCAUCUACCUGCUCAGCCCUGUGGAGAAGUCAGUGCAGACUCUGAUCAGUGACUUCCAGGGCACCCCCACCAACUACAAGGCGGCUCACGUCUUCUUCAUCAGCCCCUGUCCUGAGCCUCUGUUCAAGGAGCUGAGGAAGUCACGGAUCACCAAGGCCAUCAAAACCCUCAAGGGGAUCAACAUGGCCUUCCUGCCCUACGAGAGCCAGGUAUACUCCCUGGACGGGCCACAGACCUUCCACAUCUGGUUCAGCCCCUACUGCUUCUGGGAAAAGGACAAGCAGCUGGAGAUGCUGGCAGAGCAGAUUGCCACGUUGUGUGAAACCCUGGAGGAGUAUCCAGCGAUCCGCUACUGGAACAUGGGAGAGGGCCCUGACAAAGCCCACUCUCAGCUGCUGAUUGUGGACCGAAGCUUCGACCUGGUGUCCCCACUGCUGCACAAGCUCACCUACCAGGCCAUGGCCUACGACCUGCUCAGCAUUGAGAUCAACACGUACAAGUAUGAGACAACGGGGACCAGCGACUCGCAGGAGAAGGAGGCGCUGCUGGAUGAAGAUGACAAACUCUGGGUGCAGCUACGCCACAUGCACAUCGCUGACUUCUCCAUGAAGGUGACGGAGCUGCUGCGCACAUUCUCUGAGAGCAAGAGGCUGACCACGGACAAGGCCACCAUCGAGGACCUGUCCCAGAUGGUGAAGAACUUGCCCCAGUACCAGAAAGAGCUGAACAAGAUAAAGGGGCUGGAGCUGUUAUACUCCACACACCUGAACCUGGCUGAGCACUGCAUGUGGGACUUCAAAGGAUCGGUGGAGAAGCUGUGCAGAGUGAAGCAGGACCUGGCCAUGGGGACUGACAUGGAUGGGAAGAAGAUCAAGGACCCCAUGAAGAUCAUCAUACCCAUCCUGCUGGACCCCAGCGUGCAGGCGUAUGACAAGCUCCGCAUCAUCCUGCUCUACAUCUUGAAGAACGGUGUGAGCGAGGAGACCCUCCGCAAGAUGAUCCAGGAUGCCAGCAUCCAGCAGCAGGGCAACAUCAUCCACAAUACGCAGCUCCUGAGCACCUCCUUCAUGCCUGGGGCAGGGCCUGGAUCUGCCCGCAGCAUGGAAAGGGCACUGAGAGUUCCUGCUGCUUGGCCCCUGCUGAGCUGUCCUCCCCCCCCCCCGCCUUCUCCCCAGGAUAUCAUUGAGGACAGACUGGACAGGGAGUUGUGGCCCUUCGUGUCGGACCCGGUCCCUUCCACCAGCUCCCAGGCUGCUGUCAGCGCCCGCUUUGAGCAUUGGCACAAGAACAAGCCAGCAGCUGAGUACCCGACGGGCCCAUGCCUCAUCAUCUACAUGCUGGGUGGGGUGUCCAUGUCUGAGAUGCGCUGCGCCUACGAAGUGACCCAGGCCAGCGAGGGCAAGUGGGAGGUGGUGAUCGGUUCCAGUCACAUCCUGACCCCCAAGCGCUUCCUGGAUGAUGUCCAAACCCUCAACCAGCUGGUCCCCAAGGAGGCCUAGAAGCAGUCCCCUCCCCCCAGAGACUCUGCCCCCCACAGCUCGCUGCCCCCAGCUCCACCUGCUUUUCUCAACAAG